GAGUGUGUCGUCUGCGCUUUAGUUGAACUUCAAGCGGCGGGCUUGAAAACCUAAAAAAAGGUCGAGACUCUUUAUUCGUCUUGGCAUUCAUCGAAACAAUUUAAAACAGAUAAAUAAAAUCAUUUUCAAGAGGGAUGACAGUUUGCUAAAUAUUUUCAUCUCCUUUAAGCGUUAUAACAACAAAUUUCGGUCUCGAUAUUGCUACAUGUAUUGUAUACUCAUCACUUUUCGGUGUAUAAUCAUAUCGCGUGUACAGCAUCUUGGCUUAUCAGCAGUCUGCUUACUGGGAUAACAAAACACAUUUAUAAAGAUGGAGUUCUUGAACAUUUCGGUCGUGCUUGGAUUAUUUAUGGUAGCGGUUGUUUCUGGCCAGGAUGACGUGCAAAUCAAGCAUUUUACGGGUUGCGAGUCGGCUGGACUUUGUUGCGAUGCCGUGAAUAAUACGUGCUAUGUACCAAACGCCCGACGAAUUGAUUCCACGAUCGGCCAGUGUUUUUGUGACUCGAGAUGUCUACAAAUGAACGACUGUUGCGUUGAUUUUGAAGCAACGUGUAAAGCCAAGGACUGCAUCAUGGGAGAUUGGGGAGACUGGUCUGAAUGCUCCAAUUCUUGUGGCCUCGGGCGUACAACCCGUAAACGACCAAUCAUUCAGCUGCCCUCCUUUGGCGGCAAACCCUGCCCCACUGCAACAAAGGAAAAACAAUCAUGCCAUGGCGAAUACGGAUGUCUACAGCAGAGUGUCGAGUAUUCCAGGGAGGAAAUUAGAGAGGUGGGGUACAUCAUUCCUGCCAACUUCUCCAUCUAUCGAGUGAGCGAGGCCUACAGUCCACAGCACGAUAUCAGAAAAAACCUCUUCUUCAAAAACUUCGACAACAUUAUUCCACGAAGAACAGCGUACAAGGCCCUAUUCCGCGUGACACAUGCUGGACGUGGCUGCCAGAAAUCGGAGUGGGCCAAGGUGCUGAAGAAGGGAGACCAGGUGUGCGUGGAGUGCCAGCCUACAUCCAUGAACAAGAGGCUUGAGCGGUGCAGAGGUCAUGGCGUUUUUCGCGCCAACACCACCUGGAAGGCCAUCGAGGUGUCUCACUGCCACGGCAAGUGGGAGAUGAUCACCCAUCACGACCAGGGACAGCUAUGCAAACUCAGUGAUCACUCAUUUGUGCUUGUCUAAGGCAAACUCAGUUAAGGCUUCAAGGUCGAGUGCUGAGGUUUUGUGUCUGUUAUUGAUAUGAAUCGCCACCUGUGGGGCUGUUUUUAACUCAUAAGUUUGUGAAUGAUAGAAAUGUUAAGCAGAUACAUAGGUUUUGCUCUCAUCCCUUGAUUCAAUAUUGCACUUAGCGUUUGCUACUUGAUGUAAUCAGCUUUGUGUCGAAAAAGUUUCCCUGUUGACAAGAUCUAUGUUAAUGACGACAGAUUUUAUGUGAUGGGUGCAAGAUAAAAAAAAUCACUGUGACAAUCUUUAAAAAAAACACUUGAAGGACAAGAUCAACCAAUGCUAAGCAUUUGUCAAGUAUCGUACCUCAAAUCUCUGUACAAAGAAACAAUGUUAAAUGAGUUAGGAGCAAAUCUGAUUGCAAUACAAAAUGUUUACAAUAAUUUUAGUUUAUGUGGGUGCUUUUGUACAUUUCAUUUUAUCAUGGUGAUGUAUGAGUAUUAUAAAUAUAUAUAUAUACAUUGUAGUCUUAUGAAUGGUCUAUAUAGAUGCACAAUUGAAUGCCAUUGAAUUAUUUUGAGUUUAUUUUCUAAACUUACUCAUGAUUCUCACUUAUAAGUUUAUUAUCUAGUUUGGAAAGAGUAUCAUGCAUGAAAAUGUCACUAGUUGAAACAAUGUGCUGUAAAGGACGUGGUGUGUUUGUAAAUAGUUUUGUAAAAGUAUGUUUUUUUUAUAGCUUUCUGUUUUCAAUGUAUAAGCUCAUAUUAGCUUACUCUAUUUGUAGUCAAAUUUCAUAACCCACAUGGCCAGUAAUGUCUAUCUGUUAUUGUCUGUGUGCAAUUGAUUAAAGAUUGAAAACCAAAGAUCAUAUAUCAUAUGUGUUUCCUAUUUAACUCAACUUUGAACUUUGUGCAUGGUAUUUAGACAUCCUGAUAUUUUUUUCAUCCAUUAAAGGUGCUACCUACACCACAACUGUAUGUUGUUUGAAUUGAUUUUUUCUAGAAGUAGAUUGAUUAACAAAUAGCAACUUAUUUCUGACAUACAGUUAGUAUUUCUACAAAAUAAAUAGGCUUCUUUCUAUAAUCUGUAUUUUUGUACAUUGUGUGUACCAUUUUGCUUUAAGUUAACCUUUUGUGUUGUAAAAAAUUCAUGAGAUUUCAUUUUAAAAAGUUCAUUUGUUUACUUAAGCAUGUUUCAUUAUCAGACUAGUUCGAUAACAUAUUAUUUAUGGAAAAAAAGUACAUUAUCAAUGUGGAAAUUUUUGUCUUUCCUAUAUUCGGUUGAGAUCUAUAAAAUAAGAUAGUGACGCAAUAAAUAAAAAAGAAUAUAAAAUAAAACACAAACAUUAACACUCACGCUUUCUUUUUGUUCAUGUACAUAUACCUUGAAUUUUUGUUUUAUUCAUUUUCAUUUAACGCUUAGUAUUAUAUUUCAUACAGGUGCAUUAAUUUCAUACAGGUGUUAAUAUAACAAGUAUACAAAAGAUCAUUGAAAUCAGCCUGUAGUUUUUGUAAAGUUUAUUUACGACUGACUUAUGAAUGAAAAUUAUACCUGUCAAAAAUAUGGCACUUCAGACAUGGUGUAAAUCAGUCAAUCAGUUGUCGUUAGAUUGUGGGCCUUGACACCACUGAUACAGUUAGGCUUCAUAUCUCUGGUUUGUUUCCAAUUGUGUAAUAUAAUGCUGCCAAUACAUUUCUUGUUCUGGCCUGUUGGCUUGGAUUUGCUGUGAAUACAGAAAAACUAUGAUGACUAAAGGUGACACAGGGAUGACCAAAAUACUUGAUGUAUGGAAGGUCUCAAGUAAAUCAAGGUUUUCAUACAAUAAAGGUAAAUCUGUUACUAAAAACAAAACAACUAUCAUAGUAAAUUCUAUGUUGUAUGUUCCUGUGUUAUGCAGCUCGUUUAUAUAAACAACAAACACUCAUUUCCAUAUAUCAAAAUCAUGUCUAUGUACCAAUCAUAAAUACGAAGUUAGUUUACAAUCAAUCAAGAUAAACAGAUUUUGUAAAUAUAGUAUACUGAUAAAAAUAGCUGACAAAUUCAGGUACAUUAAAAAACAAUAACAGCAAGCAAGGAAAAUAUCUGUUAAACAGGGCUGGAUGCAUCAUAAUAAGACAACAACGCAAAAGAUUAUCCAUCAAUGUAAAUUCAACACUAUGACAACAAAGCAUUUAAUUGUUGCAAAUUAAAAAAAACUUUGAUCCAACUUGUUAUCUUAAGCUGCUCAACUUGCUCAAAUUGUCUCUUAAUUAGCAGUUGUGUAACAAAGCCGGAUUGCUUGGGUCUUGUUGAUUUGACGUCUUGAACAGCAGGUUUUUUUUCGCACCUGUCAAAACGCACUGUUAUGUGCAGAAUGUGUUCUGAAAUUUCCAAAGUUAUUGUGGGUAAAAAUCUAUGCCUUUUGGCACGGACUACCACGUAGAAAAUUUGAAAUUUCAAACACAUACAUAUUAUUUGAGUGUAAGACACAUUGUGUACACUCUGUACAAUUUUGUUAUUCAUUAAGUCACAUAGCAAGACUUUCAAUGUGUAUUAUGCGUACAACUAUGCAAGAGAUAACUCUAUAUCUACAAUAUGCACCAUUUGUUGCCAAAUGCAUGAAUAAAACUCAUUCUUAUAAUGACUUUCAUAUGGUCAGAAGUUUAUUGUGUAUUUUACUAUUCAUUUUCCUUACAGUCAUAAUUAUUAUUUUAACCCCAAUGCAUGUUAUGUAAUUUAAAAAUCUUGUUUUGCACUAGCAAGGUAGAAAAUCCUUUUCUAAAUUAUGACAUUUGAUUUUCCUUUCUUUUUAAAGGAAUCAGAAAUGUUUUAUAUUUGUGCUUUUUAAUAGAAUGCCUAAUUUGAGAAAAAUAUCUUAGUGUUGAUGACAUUUCACUUUUAAUUGUUUGUACAACAUUUUCUGUUGUUUUAGUGAAAAGUAUUCAUGUAUUUUUCAAUAUGUAGUUCAUUUGCUUAUUCCAUUGGUUUUUAAAACAUUUCUUUUCUUUUAUAAAUAGUUCUUUAUGUAUUCUUACACAUUUAUAAUAGUUAUGUUAAAGCAAUUGAUGCUGAUCAAAAAUUUGUAUACAUAAUUGUAGGAUACUAAUUUAUUGAUUAUUAUAGGAACUAUGAUAUAUUUUUAUGAUUAUAACUACAGUUCUGAUUUUUUUAAUUGAAUAUGACAGAUUAAAUUCCUAUUACUCUAUACGCAAAUGAAGUUUCAAAUGUGUUUUUUUUGGAUGUCAUAUUUAAUCUUCAUAUUUUUAGCAAAGCAAAUCUAUCACAUAAAACUGUUAUACAAAAGAAUAUUUCAGUGUCAUGAUAAUCAAAAUAACUGAAUAACUUAAUUUCACUCAUAGAAGAUAAUAAUAAUACAUUUACAUUUAUAUUCCUUUUACUUGCAUUUAUUGAAACUUAAAUAAGCAGUAUAAGUAUUUAGAAAUCUAAAACUGAUGUUCUUUGUGUAUAGUUAUGAGCACUUGCAUUUACAGAUCAGAUGCCUGCAUGUUUCAUGUGAAUAAUUCUAUCUCAAUAAGUCUUCGAAUUUGACAAUUUAUAUGUACUGCUGGUGACUUUCUUGUCUUUUUGUACAAACUUUUUGUGUCCAGGUUUUAAAUAAAAAACAUAUACAUGUA